CAUGACUUGUGAACUGGUGAUUUUCGUUUGUAAUAGCGACGUGAGUGUAUAACUUUUCAUUUGUCAGCCUCGUGUGUGGAUGUACCCACUUGGAUUUAUGCAUACACCCAUCUUCGUCUGUCUCAUCAACGACCCAAAAUGGACGAAUCAUUUUACAGCGCUGAGGAGAACAACGCCAUGGAAGGUUCACAAAGAAAAAUCAUCAGUAUGUCACCAAGGGGAAAAACAAAAAGAAAGCUAGUGCAUGUUGAAGAUGAAAGCGAGGACCUUUUUAACAGUCCAAAGAAGUCGCAAAAAUCACCAGCGAGGAAGACCAAGAAGAAGGAUGUUGUAGAAGAUGAAACACUUUUUUCUGAGCUGGUGACAAAAGCAGGAUAUGUGCUGAAUAGUGGGGAUCAGGCAAAUUUGUUAAAAUGCGAUUUAGCCAUCUUCAAAAAGAAACUUCAGUGGAGCCUCAAAUCACAUCGCUUUUAUAAGAUGCCAGAGAUAGUUGAGGUAUUUAUCAAGGACUUGGAAAACCACCUUGAAGAUCCACUGAGGCUUAAAUGGGCCUUAUUGUACACUCAGACUGAAGCUGGCUGUGAAAGUGCAAGAGGAGGGCAGCAGGAUUCCCUAAUUCGAUUGUGUCUGAACAUAGAAGAACUCCAACCCGCUCUCAUCAAACUUCUGACGGAAAAAUUUUUUGAAGUUGCUUAUGAUGAUCAAAGUAGUAAUUCUGUGGACAUUCCUUGCUUAAUCCUGGCAAACCUCAAGUGGUUAGACUAUGUCGUAGAUUCAGAGGUUCUCACUACUAAAGUAAUAGAGUUGCUUGAGGGAUCACCACUCAAGAUACAGCGGGAAGUGAUUACAUUCGUUCCUCAUAUUGUUGACGAUGCCAACCACCCAGAGAUAGCAACAGUUCUCUAUGAACAAAAGCGUGAAUUGACCGCUGCUAUAUUGGACACCCUAGGGGACUUGACUCUUGAACCAAAAAGCUUUGAGGAUGUUCAUCACUCUGUGCUCAAGACUCUUCAUGCUGUGAGAGCUGAACAGUUGCCAAUAGUCACAAAGUUCCUAUUGCACAACACACCACAGUCUGUUGCUUAUCAGGUUGUGAGUGACAUGAGAGAGAAAAUAUCACUGCCAGGAGAUUAUAUUGGAAGCUCACAGAGAACUCCGAAUAAAGGAACACCCAAAAAUGGUGACGAUGAUGUUGCAGCGUAUGAAAUUCUCGUCUUUGCGAAAAUCAAAAUGGCAGUGCUGCUUCACAAGUUCCUUACAAAUGCUUGGUUGAAGGCUAUUCAGGAUGUCGAUGAUGUUGCUAGUGUUCGGCCUUUAGACUUCCUCUUGUUGAUUGUUGUGUAUGAAGCAGUCCCUUCUCGGCAGCGUCCAAUCGAAAGCAUCUUCCGAAAUAAAAUUCGAACAAGACUAUUUUCGGAUGCAAUGAUUGAAAAAACCUUUGUCAAUCACAAAGCAGUUCUCAAGGAGUACUUCUCAUCCGUGAUCAAGAUAGCCAGUCUCCUUUUGAGGUCAUGUGAACCUUUGAUAAACCAAGCUGCUGCUGCUAUUUACCGGUCUGCUUUUGUAUCAAUGGAGGGACAUCAGAAGCAGGAAGUUAUUCUUAGUUUGCUUGGUCAUCUGGGGGACAACAGUACAGUGAGAUCAGCUGUUCUUUCUACUUUAUCAUCACUGGCUCAUUCGAAUACACUGGAGAUGUCAAAAUAUGCUAUCUUUUUUAAAAGUUCUCUCGAUUUAGUGGAUAUACUGAACAUGGGUGAGAUAAAACAUCUCUUGGAUGUUGUAAGUCAUUUAGCUUACUCUGAUGCUUCUCAUGCUGCUCUGCAAGAUGAGUUGGCUAUACUUGUGCGUAAGCAGCUGUCACAUGUGGAACUGAAGUAUAAACUCAUUGGUGUCAUCAAUGCUGUGUUUUGCCUAAAAAACAUAGCAAAUGCUGAUGACAGUCACAUGACUAACAGUAGGUCUUCAGGGUCUGAGUUAGACUCCUCUGCAUUGAAAGAAGCAGAAAAUUUGCUCCUCUUAGUUUUGUCAUCGACAACUAAGUCAUCCACUGCCACUGCUUUGUUCAUGGAUGAAUUGGCUUCAAUAAUAUUGAAGGAAGGUCUUAAUGCAAAAUUAGAGGAGUGGAUUUGCGACAGAAUGACCAAUGAUUUUCAAGAUGUGUACGUGUUGGAUAUAGAGCAAGACACACAGCCACCUGACGAUCUGUUACCUCUUGGGAUACGUUGGAAUCUUGAGGUUUGUGAAGAAGACAAGAAAAUUGCUUUGAAUCUUGCUCCUAUGGUUAUCCGCUUAGAACAAACAAGGGUUGACCCCUUCGAUGUUGAGGGUUCACUGGUCUACAUGACUACUCAGUUUCGCCUUCUUCGUAUGCUUGAAAGUCGGUUGCAUGACGGCGACCUGUCCAAUAUUGAUGCUUUGCUUGGUUGCCCUAUUUAUGCACCGAGCGAAGAAGUAUAUGACAAGUUUGAUUCAUUAUCCCCAAAGGAGCAACAUGCAGCAUUGUCUUGUCUUUUCUACAUUGCCAAUUGGUUCCGAGAACUCAUCAAUGCUUUUGUAACCCAAAAGGAUAAAGAUUGCAAAAUAAAGGUGUAUUCUCGCUUACGACAGUUAAUUGAGAUAGAGAAGCUUAUUUGGCAAAAGCUACCAAAAUGCCAUAGUUACACCCCACCUCUGGCUGUGUAUGACGUUGAUACCUCAAUGCUGCCGCCAUUGCUGAAUUUCGCUUCCAAGAAGAAAGGCAAAAGGGGCCGCAAGCCAACAGUUGGGAAGGGGAAGAAAGGCAAAGGAAAAGGUAAAGAAAACACUGAAGCAACACAGAUUGGAACACAGCCAAACUCUCAGUCCAUAACUCAACUUAAGUCUCAGCAGAGUCAGCCUGCCCAAGAUGAAGAGACAGACUUGGCUUCAAAAGAGGCCUCCGAGGUGGAUAGAAAUAGUUGCCGCCCAUUCCUAAGAGAAUUGCACAUUGAUGUCUUUGCUUUAAUGUUCAGAAAGUUAGGCAUUGACACAAGCUCACAGAGUGGUACCCAAUUAACUCCUGCAGAGCUGGAAUUCUUGCUGACAGACUUAAAUUCAAAGCUGUCUCAUAUAUUUGCCAGCAGUAGUAAACGAACAACUGUUCUAGGUCAUGGUGAACAUAGAAAUAUUGGCUUUUCUCACAUUGAUCUCUUCAAUCCUGCUGAAAUUGCUCAGAGGGUUGUAACCUACUUCAAGCCUAUAUGUCAUCACCUUGAAACAAUCAGUGGAUUCUUUCAGAGUAUGAUAGCAGAAAGUGAUGGGGUUAUGGACUCCCCUGUAAUGUAUAGUGACCAAACGCAGCCACUCAUAGUUGUAAAUUCUCUCCUCUUCACCACUUUGGCUAUAUUUUUUUCAUGGUCUGGUUUACAAAAAGAGGAAAAUAACCAUAUCCUUAUAAAUGCCCUGCGUACCAUAGCAAAAAGGUUAGAAGGAGAUACUGUUAAUAGCAUGGAGCAAGAAGGAUUAACAUCUGUAGCAUUUGGAUAUCUUUCCAACUUCCAGGGGAGUAUCAUUAACCUUGAAACUGCCAGAACACUAGUUCAGUGUUUGGUAAAUUUCUUAUCCUUUCCUUGCAGCGAGAACCUAAGCGAAAAACUUGUGGAGGUUGUUGAAGAGGUGCUCAAAAGAGAAUGGUACACCAAAGGAGGAGAACCUGAAAAAGGUGCUGCUUAUAAUCAGCACAUAUAUUCACUUUUGGAGAUAUAUUUCAAGAAUAGUGGUUCCACAAUAUCCUAUGUUGAUACCUUAUGCAGUGUUGGUUUGACCGAGUUUUUAGAAGCAUCUGGACGUAAUCCGCAAUCGGAAACGUUCCCUACCCUUAAUAAAGGUACCUUGGGCAUUUUCUACCGCAGUAUGAUGUGUUUCUUAGUAACAGGAACAAAGAAAUCACUCUCUUCUCUUGGGUCUGCAUCACUAAUAGACAAAGAAAAAUGUUUGGAAACUUGGAGCACUGCUAUCAAAAUAUUCCAUAUUCUUGUAACAAUGCUGAAAACUCAUGAUUCUAAGACUUUACUCUGUCCAUGUUUGAAGUAUUCACGUUCUUUUCUUGAACUCUUCUUGAGAAGUGCCAUGCCAGUUUUAGAUUCUUGCCUUCUCGUGCAUAACCAAGAAGUAACAGUCCUUCUCAAGAAUCUCCAGGGGUCUACAAGAUUGCUUCAGCAUGUUUGCACACAUUCAAAGGUGACACAGGACACAAGCCUUACAAGAUUUGUUCCAUUACUCAAGAAAUCUCUGGAGAUGCUGGUUUACCGAGUUAAAGCCAUGUUGGUUUUAAAUAAGUGUUCAGAAGCAUUUUGGAUGGGAAACCUGAAGAACAGGGAUCUUAAAGGAGAAGAAAUUCUGUCACAGUCUAUGAGAGAAGAAUCUGAGGCCGAAGAUGGUGAGGAAGAGGAAGUUGAAGAGGAAGAUAACCAAUCUGACGUAGAAUUGGAUGAAGAGGAGGAGCCCAAGCCAGCAGCGGAAGCUACAACAAGCAGUUCAAAUUACAGUGUUAGCUUUUAAAAGAGAACCUGUUAAUUUUUAGGCAGAAUUCGAAUUGAAGGUUUUUGUUCCAGACAGGUGUUAGAAGUUUGUUUUAAAAAGAUUUGUUUUAUGAUUAAAACUUUAUAUAAUGAUUUAAUUUAUCGUUUUCAUGUGUAUUUGCUUUUGAACAGGUUGCAUCUAAAAAUGCUUUUGCAAAGAUUAAAUCAGUAUUGUUUUGAAAAGAAUUUUGUACGAAACGGAAUUAUUUUGACAGUCAUGUUAUCAAUUUUCUGUGUAACUUUCUUCUUCAGUUUUUAUAAAUGAAGGUGUAGUUUUCCUUCUUACUAUAAUAGAAUGGUCUCUUCCAGAAGGAUCAGGUAUUUUAGAAUUUGUUUUAUAAAAAGACUUAAUCAUGAAUUUUUCCUUACCUCCUUUCAUCAAUUAUUUCAUUUGAAAUCAUAUUGCACUCACCUGUAGGUGAUUUUGUAUUGCAAGAAUUUAUAAGAAAAUGAAAGUGCAGUAGUUAAUUAUCCCAGCUUUCUCUCAGAUCUUUUGUGUAUUAAAGACAAGAAAGUAUACUAUUAUUGAUAUAAAUUAGCUUAAUGAGACCACGAUUGUCACUUUUCUAAGAAUAGAUAAUAAAAAAAAUCAAAGUAGUAGAGCCGGGUGAUGUUGAAUUACUGCAUUUUCGGGCAUACAAGGUGCUGUCCAAAAAUUGGGACUGCAUUAUUGGAAAAAUAAAAAUAUCUUUUUU